AUGUCGGCGAAGACGGUAAUCGUCACUGGUGCAACUGCAGGUAUCGGCUAUGUCACGGCUAAACAUAUAAGCAUGAUGGGUGCAAAGGUCAUCCUUGCUUGCAGAUCAGAAGAUAAAGCGACACAGGCAAUUGAUAAUAUGAGAGCGGAAUAUUCCCAAUGGGUUCAGAAACGGCAGAAAGCUAAAUCGAAGACGAAGAACAAGAAGAGAGACACAGUGGAAGAGCCGCAGCCAGACGAAUUGAAUCUUGAAUUUAUGAAGCUUGAUCUCACGUCCCUGAAGUCAACGACGGAUUUUGUACACAAUUACAAAUCUCGUGGAUAUUCACUGAAUGUUCUCGUAUGUAACGCUGGUAUAGCGCUACCCCCAAAAGAAUUAACAGAAGAUGGGUUUGAAAAACAGUUCCAAGUGAAUUAUUUGAGUCAUUUCUUACUGACGCUUCAAUUAUUACCACUUUUGAAGUCAUCAUCACCCGGAAGUAGAAUUAUCAACGUGUCGUCCGUGGGCCAUGCCAGGGGAGAGUUGAACUUAGAAAAUAUUCAAGCUCAAUUAUCUUACAGCAGAAUACCAUUUUAUGGGAACUCAAAAUUAUAUCAGAUCAUGUCGAUGUUUUCCUUCCAAAGAAGACUGGAAGGAUCUGGAGUCAAUGUAACGUCAUUACAUCCCGGUGUUGUAAAUACUGAAAUCGAUAAGACCUAUCAAGACUAUUGGAUGAAAAAUGUAUGGGGCUUUUUUAGACGCACUGGCAUGUUAAUAGACGUGGAAAAAGGCGCUGCAACAUCAAUUGACCUGGCAGUGAAUCCUGAAUACAAUGACGUCACUGGAGUAUAUUUUUCUGAGUGCAAGAGAACAACGCCAUCUUCAUUAUCCAGGAACGUUGAGAAGCAAGAAAUCCUUUGGAAAUACAGUUUGGAAUGUCUCAAAGAUUAUCUAGACGAUAAUAUCUUGGAACAAAUAGGAGAAGAUCGCAAAGAAGUGAAAGAUGUUGGCGAAAAUGACAAUAUAUAA